UAAGUUUCUAGAACAAUCAAAGUAAGGGGAUCUAUUUAUUCUUAAGCUCCUUCCAGAGUUAGUGUUCAACAAUACUACACACCAGUUGCUACAAAAUCAAUCUUUCUAAGGAUGUCGAUAAUACCCAUCGACGAAGUUCAAGGAAAUGGUUCCAAUUCAAACUCUGUCAACUUAUGGGAUCCAAAUCACCUGUUUCAAUUGGACCCUUUCAUGGACUUUCACUUCCCACUCUCUUCUCCCUUUUCCAAUUUCUUCCCUGAAUUCGGCUUCCGAUCAUCCAUAAACACCCAUCUGGAUUGGAAAGAAACACCUAGAGCUCACGUCUGGAAGCUUGUGCUUCCCGCCUUCACCAACGAAGACGUAUUGGUCGAACUCCAAGAUGAGAGGAUGCUUCAGGUUAGUGUUGAGAGCGGUGAUUUCAUGAGCAGGUUUAAGAUUCCAGAUGAUGGUAACCUUCACCAGCUUAAAGCUAACAUGAUUAAUGGUGUUCUUGUUGUCACUGUUCCUAAGCUUGAACAUUCCUCAGUUUCCGGUGGUAGGAACGUUAGGGUCGUUGAAAUUGAAGGCACCGAUUGAAGGGUGUUUCUUCAGUUUGUUUCCUUAACUCUAAAUAGGUUUGUUUUUGUGUAUUAUAAGGAUGUAAUAUGCUACCAUGCUAUUGUAUCUAUCUAUCUAUCUAAUGUUAUAUACUCUUCAUAUCUCAA